CGCAAGUGAGGCUCCAGAGUGGCAGUUCAGCGCAUAAGCGAAGGGUAGGUAUAAGAGGAGGACUGUCCUUAAGUGUCCAUCCUUUCUUUCGUAAUAGCUCAUUCUUUCUGGGACUACUGAAUCUGUGCUUCGACGACCUGCCCUCUAUCCGACUACUGUCCAUUCAUCAGCGGCAAGGUCCCUCAUCCUCAAUAAAGACAAAGCCAUCCCCAUCAUGAAGACCAUCGCCCUCGGCCUCGCCGCCGCCCUCAUCCCGAGCGUCGCCGCGCACGGCUACGUCUCCAGCAUUACCAUCGACGGGGAGAAACACAAGGGCCCGAACGUGGCAGAUGGCGAGUCUGGCGGCAAAUAUGUCAUCCGCGCCGUCAACACCAUCAACCCCGUCAAGGGCGCCUCCAACCCGGACAUUCUGUGCGGCCCGGGCGCGAAGGCGACCGCUCAAUACGCGGACGCGAAGCCGGGGAGUGAGAUCGAGGUGCAGUGGGUGGGCGGCGGCGGGCAGAAGUGGCCGCAUGAAGUCGGCCCACUCCUCACCUACCUCACCGCCUGUCCCGACUCGGCGUGCGACUCCUGGGACGCAAAUGACGCGCAGUGGUUCAAGAUCGACGAGCAGGGGAUGAGGGAGGAUGGGACGUGGGUGCAUAAGGAUCUGAUGCAAGGCCUCCCCGCCAAGCUCACCCUGCCCUCGACCCUCGCUUCCGGCGCCUACCUCCUUCGGCACGAGAUCAUCGCGCUGCACAAUGCGGUGAAGGAGGGCGGCGCUGAGUUCUAUGAGUCUUGCGCGCAGAUCAAGGUCUCUGGGGGUGGAGCUAGCAAUAGCACUGGCGACGGGGAGGAUGGUGGUGACGCGGACGAGGGGAAUGGCAACGCCGACGAUGAGAACGGUGACGAUGAGAAGAUGGUGAAGAGGGAGGAGGGCAAGCCGGACGAGAGCGAACUGGUGAGCUUCCCGGGAGCAUAUAAGGACGAUGAUAAGGGGAUCCUUGUUGAUGCCUAUGACCUCGCUAGCCCCAAGGACUACGUCUUCCCUGGCCCGCCUGUCGCGAAACUCGCGGGCGGUGCCGGUGGGAGCAAUGGCUCGGUGCCCACCUCGAGCAUGGGAAGCAGCGGCUCUGCCAGCUGGUCGGCGUCCGGCGCGCAGUCGUCCCCCACUGGCGGCGCAUCGUUCCCGCCGGAAGGCUCCUCGCCAACGACGAGUGGCGAGGGCAGCGUCCAUACUUCGUUCCAUUCCGGCGGCGGGGUGCACACCUCGUAUCACUCCGGCAGCGGCGCAUCGUCUCCGACCACGAGCGAUGAAGGUUCACCGACCACAUUGGACAGCUCGCCCGGCGCUUCCUCGCCGACUAGCGACGGUGCUUCGUCCCCGACUAGCGCACCCGCAACCACCAGCGACGAGGGCGGCGUGAACACUUCGUACAACUCGGGCAGCGGCGUGCAUAUCUCGUACCAGUCCGGCAGCGGUGCCGAGUGCUCCCCGACCACCAGCGACGAGGGAAGCGUGCAUACUUCGUACCACUCCGGCGGCCCACACUCCUACUCCCACCACCACUCCCACCACUCCGGCGGCGGACUACAUACCUCGUACAACAGCGGCAGUGGGGCGUCGUCGCCCACGAGCGGCGGUGCUUCCGCACCGACCAGCGGUUCUCCAACAACCUUGGACAGCUCCCCUGGCGUGUCCAUGCCGACCAGCGACGGCUCUGCCUCUCCCUCGGCAGACGGCACCACCUCAACCACCGAAGUCACCCCGACGACCUCGCCAGCCUCGUUCAAGAACCCGCACGCGCGGAUGGUGCGGCAGCGGGGGCAUUGAGAGGUAGGGCGACGUAGUAUCCUGAAGAUACGAUCUCCGAGUCGACGUGUAGAAGGAAGCGAAGUCUAGAAGGAAGCGAGGUGCAAGGAAGAGAUGGAAGGGGGGCACUAGUACUGUGCUAACGCUCCUUAUGGCUGACGAUCCUUAUUAU